AUGUCCAGGCCCAACUUCCUGAUAAUCAUCGCAGAUGACUUGGGCUUCAGCGAUGUCGGCGCAUUUGGCUCAGAAAUUUUGACUCCUAACCUUGACAAGCUGGCAAAGAGAGGUCUGCUACAGACAGGCUUCCACACGGCCUCAGCAUGUAGUCCGACCAGGUCAAUGUUGAUGAGCGGGACGGACAAUCACCUGGCUGGGCUAGGUCAGAUGGCCGAGACCAUUGGCAGAGACCCCUUCUACCAAGGUCGACCAGGCUAUGAGGGGAUGCUGAACGAUCGCGUCGCUGCUCUGCCCGAGAUUCUCAGCGAUGCCGGCUAUGAGACCAUCAUGUCUGGAAAGUGGCAUCUCGGUCUUCCGGUUCAUGCGCAGCCGCAUGCUAGGGGGUUCCAGAAGGUCUUUGGUCUCCUGCCUGGAGCAGGCAACCACUAUCUCUACGAGCCCUUCCUGGAGGACAACACACCAGCCAUGAAGUUCCUCCCGCCGCUAUAUGUCGAAGGCGCCAAGCAGAUCACUCACAAGGACAUCGAGGGCCCCUUCUACUCGUCCACGUACUUCGCGGACCGGAUGGUCGGGUUCUUGUCUGAGCGAGACAAGAGCAAGCCGUUCUUUUCUUACUUGCCCUUCACCGCUCCUCACUGGCCUCUUCAAGCGCCAGAAGAAGAGGUCGCUCAGUACCAGGGCCGGUAUGAUGCUGGUCCGGAAGCUCUACGGCUGGAAAGGCUGGAGAGGCUUAAGACGCUCGGUCUCGUCUCAGAAGACGUCCAAGCACACCCUAUCAUCAACGCGUACGGCGAGAAGAGUUGGGCAGAUCUGACCGGGGACGAACGGAAGCUCAGCGCUCGGAAGAUGGAGGUCUACUCUGCCAUGGUCACCGUAAUGGACAAGGAGAUCGGCAAGGUCUUGCAGGAGAUCGAGGAUCAGGGUGAACUCGACAACACCUUUGUCUUUUUCUCGAGCGAUAACGGUGCGGAAGGAGCGCUACUUGAGGCCAUUCCCAUCAUGGGCAAUGCGAUCACCAAGACCAUCGAAAGAUUCUUCGAUAACAGCCUGGAGAACAUCGGCCGCGGCAACUCGUGGACCUACCUCGGACCAAUGUGGGCACAAGCUGCUACAGCUCCAUCUAGGAUGUACAAGGCCUGGUCGACCGAGGGCGGUAUCAGAUGUCCGAGCAUCAUCGCUUACCCCGGCUCCAGAAAUGGCUCGGUCACGCACGAGUUCACCACUGUGAUGGACAUCCUACCCACUGUCCUUGACCUCGCUGGAGUACCGCACCCUGGAGACGAAUUCCGCGGCCGCAAGGUCCUGCGUCCGAGAGGCAAGUCCUGGGUACCGUACCUUUCAGGCAAGGAGGAUGAGGUACACGGAGACAACGCGAUACACGGCUGGGAACUUUUCGGUCAAGCUGCUAUCCGUCAAGGCAAGUGGAAAGCCGUCUGGCUCCCGCCACCCACCGGGAAUGACAAGUGGCUACUGUACGAUCUUUCCAUUGAUCCUGGAGAGAUCAAAGACCUUGCAGCGGAACAACCGGACAAGCUGAAGGAGCUGAUCACGUUCUGGCACGAGUAUGAGGCGGAGACGGGAACGGUCAUGAAGGACUCUGGGGAAGGCUUUGGGCGAUUCACCGGGGUGAAUUGGGAGGACUGGGGACAGUAG